AUUUAAAAGCGUGAUAUGUCCACUUUAACAAUAGUUAGAUCUAAAUUUGUUACCCAAUUCACUCGUUCAACUUUUUUUUCAGGGCUAGUGGGGAAAGGAGCAACCAUGGCACCUGGAAAAAAGAACAGAGUGUUUGUUAUCGGUGUGGGCAUGACGAAGUUUGACAAGCCUGGAGCCAGAGGGGACUACGACUACCCUGACAUGGCUAAAGAAGCAGGUGAAAAAGCUCUAAAAGAUGCAAAGAUCCCGUAUUCGGCCAUUGAACAGGCCUGUGUAGGGUAUGUUUACGGGGACUCCACAUGUGGGCAGAGAGCGAUUUACCACAGCUUGGGCCUGACGGGAAUCCCCAUCGUCAACGUGAACAACAACUGCUCCACCGGCUCCACCGCUCUCUUCAUGGCCCGUCAGCUGAUCCAGGGGGGUCUUGCCGACUGCGUGCUCGCUCUUGGUUUUGAGAAGAUGGAGAGAGGCUCCUUGACCUCAAAGUACAUGGAUCGGACCAAUCCAAUGGACAAGCACAUGGAGGUGAUGAUCAACCGCUAUGGGAUGGCGGCGGCACCAGGAGCGCCGCAGAUGUUUGGCAACGCCGGCAGGGAGCACAUGGAGAAAUACGGUACAAAACCAGAACACUUUGCCAAGAUUGCCUGGAAAAACCACAAGCAUUCCACAAAUAACCCGUAUUCCCAGUUCCAGGAUGAGUACAGCUUGGAGCAGGUGAUGAACUCCAGGAAGGUGUUUGACUUUCUAACUCUGCUGCAGUGCUGCCCAACUUCAGAUGGUGCUGGAGCUGCGGUUUUGGCCAGCGAGGCCUUCGUUAGGAAGCACCGCCUUGAAAACCAGGCGGUGGAGAUUGUGGCUCAGGAGAUGGUGACGGACUUUCCCUCCACAUUCAGCGAGAACAGCUGCAUUAAGAUGGUGGGGUACGACAUGUCUCGGCUGGCGGGUAAGAAGUGCUUCGAGGCCGCGGGCCUGACGCCGGGCGACGUCGACGUGGUCGAGCUGCACGACUGCUUCUCCGCCAACGAGCUCAUCACAUACGAGGCUCUGGGCUUGUGUGAAGAAGGUAAAGCAGGAGAACUGGUUGACAGAGGGGACAACACUUACGGUGGGAAGUUUGUGAUCAACCCCAGCGGCGGCCUCAUCUCUAAAGGACAUCCUCUCGGUGCAACAGGGCUGGCUCAGUGUGCCGAGCUGUGCUGGCAGCUGCGAGGACAGGCUGGCAGGAGGCAGGUCCCCGGAGCCAGCGUGGCCCUGCAGCACAACAUUGGCCUGGGGGGAGCCGUGGUCGUCACCAUCUACAAGAUGGGGUUCCCACAGGAGUCCAGGUAUGUCAUCGGUUCGGCAGCCAGCAGCUCCGGCGAUGGGGAUCUUGAAGGGUUUAAAGCUUAUCCCGUCUUCAAGGAGAUUGAGAACCAUCUGCUGCAGGAAGGAGAGAAACUCGUCAGGAAGGUCGGCGGAGUGUUUGCUUUCAAGGUGAAGGACGGCCCUGAUGGGAGAGAGGCCACCUGGGUCGUGGAUGUGAAAAAUGGCAGAGGUUCUGUCACAAACGAUCCAGGUAAAACGGCAGACUGCACGUUGUCCAUUGGAGACGAGGAUCUGCUGGAUCUCAUGACAGGAAAGCUGAACCCACAAACGGCGUUCUUCAAAGGGAAGCUGAAGAUCACUGGGAACAUGGGCAUGGCCAUGAAGCUGCAGAACCUCCAGGUGACGCCAGUCAAAGCCCGGUUGUGAAGCCUUGGAGGAGCUCUUUGUGCAGCCCCUCACAUUGAAAACUAGGCUCAUGUAGAAUUAAUUGAAUAUUAAAUGAAAUGCUUUGAUUAUGCGCCCGGCUCUGUCUCAGGAGGAGGUCUGUGAAGCUGCUUCUUCAUGGGUUUUUUUCUUCUUUCUUUCUUCCUUUUAAUCAGUCGACAGAGCUGCUAUUCAUGUUGUUGGUCCUACAGAAAUGAUCAAAUGUCGUCACAGAUUAAAAAGCACAGCGUGUCCUAACCGAUUCUGGAGCUAGGAAGGCUAAUUGAAGCUGUUCUUGACUAUAAAUUUUUCAUAACCAUUCUAAGGAUGUGAAUGUGAAAGAUCUAAUGUUUGUAAAAUAAAGUCUUUAACUCAGAA